UUGAUGUAUACCAUAACUUACUAAUAGAUCUAACUCUGAGUUGAAGGAGACAAAGGAAAUUAUUUUUCACACCUGUUUAAUGGCUCUUAAAAUGGAUAUUGAACGUUGACAACAGUCUCCACGUUGAUCUUCAUUUGUUUUGCGCCGUACUAUACCAAUAAUCACUGAGGACAUGCACUGGAAAGGUGAACAGAAACUAAAUCAAGACCGUUGCAAUGACAUUGAUCAGAAAGAAAACGGGUCCGUGUUGAUGUCUAAAGAUGGGGGAACACCCGUGGAUGUUUUGGAUGACGAUUCAUGCUCCCUCGGCUCAACGUCCCCUUCGCUGCAAGCGAUGGUAUCUGGACCUUUGCUGGGUAGAACUGUUUGUGCAAAUUGCAGUGAGGAGAUUGUGGACAAAUACUUGCUAAAGGUUAACGACUUGUGCUGGCAUGUGCGUUGUCUCUGCUGUAGCGUGUGCCAAACGUCGCUUGGCAGUCAUACCAGCUGUUACAUCAAAGAAAAAGAGGUCUUCUGUAAAUUGGACUACUUUAGGCAGCUGUCCACCGGUGAAGAGUUUGCCCUGGUAGAGGAGAAGGUGCUGUGUCGGGUCCAUUACGACUGUAUGCUGGACAAUUUGAAACGCGCGGUUGAGAAAGGAAGUGGUGUGAACAUAGAAGGGGCCAUGCCGACAGAACAGGAAGUCAAUCAGCCCAAACCGUCAAAGAGAGCACGCACCAGCUUCACUGCUGACCAAUUACAGGUGAUGCAGGCUCAGUUUGCCCAAGACAACAACCCUGAUGCCCAAACCCUGCAGAAGCUGGCAGAGCAGACAGGCCUCAGUAGGAGGGUCAUUCAAGUCUGGUUCCAGAAUUGCAGAGCGCGCCAUAAGAAACAUGUGAGCCCCAACCACUCCACAGCUAGCCACGCCUCCCUACAGACCGGUGGCCACGCCCAGCCAACCCCGGGGCCAGAGGAGCUGCAGUACACCUCCUACGCCACUCCGGAGGGGUCAAUGCUGUCCGCACUGCACUCCUACAUCGACGUUCACUCUCCUCAGUCCAUGAUGUUCCCGCCCCUGUUGCCCCCCCCACACAUGACCUCUCUGCCUGUGAGCCACGCCUAAUUAACACACACACACACACCUCUGUCUGUGAGCCACGCCUAAUUAACACACACACACCUCUGUCUGUGAG